GGCCGUUGAACCUUAGCGUCGUCUCCUCGAAGGAGUUGACUGUUGAGCGUCGAAGUGCCAAUCAUGGAGGCGCUCUCUUCGUCUCAGUUGGAGGAGCUCAAGUACAGCGAAUUGCAGUGCCUGGCUAAAUCGGCGGGGUUGAAGGCUAACCUCAAGGCAGCCAAGCUGUUAAAUGCAUUAAAGAAGCACUUCUGUGAAGAAAAUACGAGUAUCAAAAAGACAUUCCCAUCCCCAAAUAUCGAGGAACAGAAUGGCAGUCAAAUUUUCAUAAAUUCAUCCACAAUCACCAAAAGGCGUAAAAAACAGAAAAAAGAUAAUGUCCAGCUAACUACACAAGAAAAACUUAACAAAGAAAAAAUGGAACUGGAUUCAGAGAAAGAGGUUCCGAUAAUGCUAAAUUGUGAAGGGAGCCCGGAAGCAGGAUUUGAAAAGAUACUGAAGAUAAACCAAAAUGAUGAAUCACAAAGCAGUGGAACAGCAGGAAACCUAGAAGACUUUGUCACUCCAUGUCAGCGAAAAGCAAGAAAUUCUACUAGGCAAAAAGGAGUUGAAAGUAAAAUUUUAUUGGAUUCUCUUUCUGGAAAGAAAACUACUAAUGCAGGAAGCAAGUCUAAAUUGAGAAGAAAAGGAAUAAUUUCUACCACCCCAGAUUUUAAGAAAAUUCAUGAGGCUCAGUUCAAGAAAAUGUUAUCUAUUGAUGAAUACAUUGAAAGGAAAAAUAAAAUGAUGUGUAAUUUCAGCAAUUCAGUUAAUGAGAUCAAGAUCCUGACUAAGAAGACUCCGAAGACUUCUCAGAAAGAAAAUCUAAAUACCAAUUCAAAGCAGGUACGUUCCAGUCCCAGAGGGCUUUUAUUAAGUCCCCCUUCUCAAAAGAAACUGCGACGUUCAAUACGCAAUUCCCCUGGCACUGCAAAUAAAAGUAUUUUGUCUCAAAAAUCAUUUUUCGGUUCAACCAGCCUUUCUACAACUAAAAUGAAUGUCAGGUUCUCUGAAUCUACAAAAGACAAUGAAGAGAAGCGUUCCCUUAUCAAGACUCCAUCUAGGAAAUUUUCAUUUCUGAAAAACUGCACUCCAGAUAAUCAGAAAAGCAGUGAAUGUAUAACUAGCAAAGACUUCAAAGAAGAAGCAACGAAGUGUCAGACAACAGAAACUUCAACAAAUUCUGCUGUCACUCCUUUCAAGUUUAUAAAUCAGACUGUGGAACCCACAAGCGCCAAGAAACCAGUAUUCGAUUUACAAGCAAGUCUAUCAAGACCACUUACUUAUCAGCCACACAAAGGAAAACUGAAGCCAUGGGGCGACCCUAGCGAGAAUCACCAGAAACUAUAUUCCCACAAGAAAUACUACAAAGAGCCACCUCUUCAAACCAGAGAAGAGAGACGGGAGAAACACAUACAAGGAAGAAAACAAAGAAAAGACCAAAAGCUUACCACACUGAGGCGGCUGACUGUUUCUUAAUGCUGACUUUCAAACUGUUCUGUAAAUAAUCUUACUAUUGAAAAUCUUUAUCUUCUUGUAAAUAAUUCUCGUCUCUGCACUGAAGUACUUAAGCUAUCUAGACUGAGUAAUCUUAUUUUAAUAUGAACAUAGAACCUUGGUACUAUUAUAUUCAGUUAUAGUUAUAUAAUUAAUAGCUAAUGCUUAUCUUAGAAGGUUUAGACAUUUUUUUCAAAAGGGCAGCUAUUUUUUCUUCUCUCAAAUCUGCUUAGUGCCUUAACUAUAUCCUAAAUUGUCUGAAAACAUUUCUCAACAACUGGAUCGAAGUUGAUUGUAUCACACAAUUCAAUCUUCUGGACAUAACAGCAAAUUUUAAAUUCAUUUAAUGAGAUUCUUUUUUAUAAAAUUGUCUUAAUGUACUCCUAAUUAAAAUAAUUGUGUUUAUAGAUAAAAGUUCAUUUUAAUUUUACUAUACAGCUUCGUCAUAUGUUGUCAACUUUUGUCAGUCAACUCUGAUGACCAGAUUUUUCUUUUUAAAGGUAAAUUAGCAUGUCAAAAAGAAAAGCUGCUGCAACUAAGUCUAUGAUAGAAAUCAAAGCCUAACUUUUAUUCUAUUUUCCCCAAUUGGAAUACAGUGUAUAUUGAGAUAAAAUAUUGGUAUUUCUUACUCAAAAUAGAUCUUAGCUACUAAAUCAGCUCCUAAACUGGUAAAAAAGGUUUCUAAACUGAUUUCAAAAGAUAGUUAUCUCCAACUUUUUUCCUUAUACAGCAAGGAUUAAAAUGUGAACCCAUUUGUAUUUUCAAUGUUUCUGUAUAAAUAUCACUUAAUAUGUGAUAUGGUUUCAAUACCAUUUCAAAUGAUAAAUUAGCCAAAAACAUUAUCCCUGUUCAUUUAUUUAUUGAAACACCACUGUAGAUUAAAUUUCAUUAAGUUCUUACAACAUAAUUAUAAAGUAAUAUUUUUCCUACAGUAAUUUAUCCACAUUACUGAUGCUUGUGAUAAUGGAUUACAUAGUUUACUCAAUUGUGUUUUUUCUAAUCUUUUGUAUUUGGACCAAAUUAGGAGCAGAAAUCACUUAUGCAACAGAGGUUAAGGUGAAAUUUUGGAGAGUUGUAUCAAGCAGUUGUUAAUCUUUUAAUUGGUUGCUCAUACUGUUUCUUCAGUGGCAUUAUCUAAAUCAAAGUUCCUGCUCUACAUUUAGAAAAUACUUGAUGUAAAGUCUUUGAUUCAUCUUUAGUUGAUGUAAAGAUGAAAAGAAUUGCCCUUUGCAUUUAUAGGCUUUUUCCCCCCAAACGUGGAAAUCUUUUCUCACCUUUCUGUCUCUGUUACAAAAAUAUCUUGUUAUCACACAGAAGUUUGUAUUAUUUAAAUGUUAAUUUACCAGGAAUAAAUCAUUUUGGUAUUUGAACUCCAAGGGCAACCAACCUGCUGGCUGUAGUUAUAACUUCAGUCUUCAGAAAUAAUCUUAAGACUGACAUGACCAAUUUGGAAAACAGCAUGUUUGAAGGCCUUAUAUGCUUUCUGAAAGCUCACAGCAUU